AACACACUCACACGCUGAGUCAGUCACAAAGUCAGAGAGAGCAACAGAGGGCUUUAACAUCUUGAAAUCUGCUUUACGCUCUCUCGUGGCCGAAAGCCUUGACAGCAUGAGCAUGUCUGGCCUCCUCACCCUCAGCAGCCUGGGCAGGAUCUGCGGCUCCAGCCACAGCAAUGAAAUGGUAGUUUUGGACCGGGUCAAGAGGAAGAACUCAGUCAGGCGCAUGUCAAUUAUUGAAGAUGGUGAAAUUGCCGAGGUUCUCUACCUUAUUCCUAAACAGUCCAUGAUGGAGCAGCUUCCUUUCAUCAACCCCAACGACUACCUCCUGUGUGAGAGGUUGGAAGGUAUUCCUCCAGAGAUGUCUGUGCUACAUGCUCAGGAUGGCUGCCACCCGUGCUCUCCACGGGGGAAGCGGGUCAUCCAGUGCCUCAGGUGUGGGGAGCCGUGCAAGGGAGAGGUGCUACGAGUCCAGACCAGCCACUUCCACAUUAAGUGCUUUACCUGCAAGGUGUGUGGCUGUGACCUGGCUCAUAGUGGCUUCUUCAUGAAGAACAGUGACUACCUCUGCCCGCUGGACUUCCAGAGGCUUCACGGCACGCUCUGCAACAACUGUGGGGAAUUUGUGGAGGGACAGGUGGUCACAGUUUUGGGGAAGACUUACCACCCAGCCUGCUUUGUGUGCACCUUUUGCAAACAGCCCUUUCCUGCUGGCGAUUGUGUCACCUUCAGCGGAAAGGACUGCCUCUGUCAGCGCUGUAUCCAACCCAUGUCUCCUACUCCUAACGGCAUCAGCUGUUCCAGUAACUGCUCUGGUUGUGGUAGAGACAUCAAGAACGGCCAGGCUCUGUUAGCGCUGGGCAGCCAGUGGCACCUCGGCUGCUUCAAGUGUAAAACCUGCAGGAAAGUGCUGAGCGGAGAAUAUAUCAGCAAGGAUGGGGUUCCCUAUUGUGAGAGAGACUACCAGAUUCAGUUUGGGGUACAAUGUGAUGCAUGUCAGAAGUUUAUAACUGGAAAGGUCCUAGAGGCAGGGGAGAAACAUUAUCACCCCAGCUGCGCGAGAUGCAGCCGAUGUGACAAAAUGUUCACAGAAGGUGAAGAAAUGUAUCUGCAAGGAUCAACAGUUUGGCACCCAUGCUGCAGAGACAGCAGCAGAACUGAGGACAGUUACAUGGUCAGCAGACCAAAGACACCUUGUCUUGAUUUCUUUUUCCCCACACAUAAACUGAAGCCCACUAGAUCCUCAUCCGAAAGCUCCUGUUCCAGGCCGGGCUCAUGCACUCCGGGGAGUCCUGGUCGAACGAUCUGUGCAAAACUAGAUAAUGAGAUCAUUGAUUACCGAGACUUAGCAGCCAUUCCCAGAGUCAAGGCUAUAUAUGAUAUAGAGCAUCCUGAAAUGAUAUCUUAUAAGUCUGUGAACAACAACUCAUCUACUUUGGACAACAAAGGCAACAGACAGGAAAAGCAAAGCCCGUCAGAGUCACCAGGAAACGUAAAUGAAACCCCAGAGGAGAGUUUUGAAGUCAGAAAGUGUAUACCAACAUCUACAAGCCACAGAUCUUUUGGAGUUCAUGCAACAUACAAUAGUCACAGCUACACUCCAACUCUGUCCAGAUCACCACAACACUUCCACCGGCCAGGAUUGAUGCUUUCUCCCUCUUUGUUCUCUGGCAACAAUGACACAUGUCCCACUUCCCCUUUAUGUCACCACUUUCUCCCUCGCACCAAAGAUGACGGCUUCAACAUGUACAGGAGGCCUCCAAUUUAUAAACAGCAAGAUCCAAAUUCCUUCACAUCCCAAACGUCCUCUCUGCCUGGAUACGGUCGCAAUGGCCUCAAUCCGCCACGUUCAGCUGAUUUCUCCCAUUACAGCGGUGACAGAUUCGGAGACUUUAAGCUCAUCCAUGACGGUCAACAUCCAUUAGCACCAAUGGAAAGAGGAGUGUCUAUGCCUAAUUUGUUGGAACCAAAAGUCUACCCGUAUGAACUGCUCGCAGUUAGUAGUAGAGGGCGAGUGAAGCUUCCCAACGAUGUUGACAGAACAAGACUGGAGCGACACCUAUCCCCGGAAUCAUUCUUUGAGAUCUUUGGCAUGGAUAGUCAAGAAUUCAACAUACUUCCACUGUGGAAACGUAAUGACAUGAAGAAGAGGGCAAAUCUCUUCUAAAUGCUGCCUAAUGCACUCAUUGUUGAUAUGCAAUACAUGUCAAGUUCUGAUGCCCCUUUAUGUUUAUUUCUUUGCAUUUGAUACAAAAAUUUGAUUUUUUUGUUUGUUUUUUUUUGCCUAAGAACUGGACACAAUAUUGUGUUUCCCAGUUAGUUUCUGUAGACUAUUGUAAUGAAUAAUGUUUAAAUGUGUAAUACCUCAAAACAGAUAUGAACACGAGUCUCAUAGUCAUCUUUGAGGCCAGAUACCAGACUGUUUCAAACCAACAAUCGAUGUUGACUUUUGUGACAUUUACCAAUGCAGAAAAUCUUUCUGUUACUUGAGCUUAACCUUUAAGAUCUUAAUUGGCUAAACUUUAAACAGUGUACUGCUGUUGGGUUUUCACUCGACUCAUGGCGGCACCAGAUCAGCCAAAUGCUCAUAUAUCAUUCAUUUAAUAUUUUAUUACGUAUAUAUUAUUAUAAUGAUAUUUCUUAAAUAUCUGCACAUGGGAACUACAAGAUGGAUCAGGAUAGGCAUAUUAAGGAUCAUGUGUCAACAUGUAGUUUAAUGCAUUAGAAAAUGUAUUUUUCCACUUGCCUUCUGAAAAUUAAGGAAUUACUGAUUUCAGAACACAGUUUGAGAGUGGUUAGGGUAUUUAUGGUGUUUGAAGUCAGAUACAUUGAUGUCUAAAAUGGUUGUGAAGCUAGUUAAAGUUAGUUUGUCCUAAUGAAAAGCCUUUGUAGAUCAUUAGUAUUACCCUUUCUGAAUAAUACGUCAUGAUACCUGAUGUAUGGUGCAGUGAUUGGGUACAUGAAAUGUACAUAACCUGUUAUCAAACACGUCAUUCUGAUACAAUAUAUGAAAUGACUCCCUUGAUGUUGUCAUUGUUACUUGUAUAUCAUAUUAUAUUUUUGUUAUUCAGUUGAUUCUCACUUUGUUGUCUUAUGGUUACACAAAUGUUUAAACACCAAACUGAAAAGAGAAGAUUUUUAUGUCACUCAAUGGUCACUGAAAUGUGCUUAUUUGGACUAUAGGAAUAUGUAAGAUGAUUUGACACUUGUAACAGUUUUUGUUUUGUUUUCCUCUAACUUAUCACUGUAUAUGUUACAGUCACACUGCUGUCCAAGCACACCACCUCAAGCGCCCUGAAUAAAAAUCUUGCACUUCUUG